AUGUUGGACUGUAAUAGAAACUCCACAUUCUGUAUAUCUUUCCUGGUUAUUGGGUCGUGCCCAGUGAGACAAAUUCAUCGCUACCAGAAGUCGACCGAGCUGCUGAUCCGCAAGCUGCCCUUCCAGCGGCUGGUGCGUGAGAUCGCCCAGGACUUCAAGACCGAUCUGCGCUUCCAGAGCUCGGCCGUGAUGGCGCUGCAGGAGGCCAGCGAGGCGUACUUGGUCGGUCUGUUUGAGGACACGAAUCUGUGCGCGAUUCACGCCAAGCGUGUUACCAUCAUGCCAAAGGACAUCCAGCUGGCGCGUCGUAUCCGUGGCGAGCGUGCUUAA